GAACCACACCACACGGCUCACUGGCUCAGGUCGGCCACACCAGAAAAGCAUGCGAACUGAAAUGGCGCCAUGUUCGCCUCUCCUCCUGGCCGUGGCGCUCCUAUGCGCCGCCGCCGCCGCCGCCGCGGCAGGCGGAUUCGGUGGCCCCACGGCGCGGUACGAUCGCGUAUUCAGCUUUGGCGACUCGCUCACUGACACCGGGAACGCGCUGCACCUCGCAGCAACCGCCGGCGGGCCCGCGAGCCGGCCACCGUACGGCGAGACCUUCUUCCGUCGCGCCACCGGCCGCGCGUCCGACGGCCGCCUCGUCAUCGACUUCAUCGUCGAGGCGCUGGCCGUGCCGCAGCCGACGCCGUACCUCGCUGGCGCGACGGCGACGGGGGCGGAUUUCCGCCGCGGCGUGAACUUCGCGUUCGGCGGGGCCACAGCGCUCGACCUGCACUUCUUCGUGAGCAGGGGACUGGGGUCGUUCGUGCCGGUUUCGCUUAGGAACCAGACCGUCUGGUUCCACAAUGUUCUACGACUUCUUGGCUCAGCUCGCGAGCAGAGGAAGACCAUGGCCACCUCCCUCUUCCUCGUCGGAGAGAUCGGAGUCAACGACUACUUCAUCGGCCUCAACGAGAACCGCACCGUGGGCGAGGUGCGGACCUUCGUGCCCCACGUCGUCGGUGCCAUCCGUUCGGUCAUCACUGACGUGAUCUCCGCCGGAGCAGGCACGGUGGUGGUGCCGGGGAUGAUACCGCUGGGCUGCGAGCCGCAGCUGCUCACGCUCUACAGAGGCAGCGUCGACGCCGCCGGGUAUGACCCGGAGUCCGGCUGCAUCACGCGUCUCAACGACCUCGCCCAGCUGCACAACCGCGAGCUGCGCCGCAUGCUCGCCGGCCUCCGACGAGCCCACCCCGGCACGGCCAUCGUAUACGCCGACCUCUACCGAGCAGUCACCGACAUCGUCGUGUCGCCCCGCGCAUACGGUGCGCACGCACGCACGCAGCCGCCGCACACAGUACUGACCAUACAGAUUCCAGUUUUCCCGAUCGAUUCUUCCUUCCUCGCAGGUUUCAGGCACAUGCCGCUGGACGCGUGCUGCGGCGGCGGCGGCGCAUACAACUACGACGACGCAUCGUUCUGCGGCGCGGCGGGGACGGCGCCGUGCGCAGACCCGUCGGAGUAUGUCUCCUGGGACGGGGUGCACUACACGGAGGCCGCCAACAGGCUCAUCGCUUGCAGCGUGCUCGAGGGAUCUCACUCUCACGCCGCCGACGCGCCCACGCUGUCGAAUUCAUCGGCCACAACGGAGGAUUGGCUUCACAGGAUCGGCUGCGUCUAGCAGCUAGCAUUUUGUGUCUAGAGUCUAGACUGGACGACCAGAGUCGAGAGACAUUUCAGUCGGGCCACGGCCAUAUUUUAGUUCUUUAUUUAAGGAAACAGUAUAUUUUCAUUCAAUUGUCUGAUGAUGUAGUAAAACUAGUAACACGUAUAGGGGUGGUCACAAAUCAGGAUCCAAAUAUUUUUUUCACAGUUCGUUUAAACCUUUAA